AUUGGGAGCGGCGCUGAGGGGGUGAGGAUGUCGCUGCUGCUGCUGAGCCGCCUCCUCCGUGCAGUGGAGCGGAUUGGAGUGAGGCACUGCUACAAUGGCUCGAGGCAAAACCUCUACAUAGACAAAACAACAAAAGUCAUUUGCCAGGGCUUUACUGGGAAGCAGGGAACAUUCCACAGUCAGCAAGCUUUGGAAUAUGGCACUAACAUGGUCGGAGGAGUAUCGCCAGGAAAAGGGGGUAAAAGCCACUUGAACUUGCCCGUCUUCAACUCUGUUAAAGAGGCGAAAGAAGGCACAGGAGUCGAUGCGUCUGUUAUCUACGUGCCUCCCCCAUUUGCUGCUGCGGCCAUUAUUGAGGCAAUCGAUGCGGAGGUACCCCUGGUGGUGUGCAUCACAGAAGGAAUCCCCCAGCAGGACAUGGUGCGGGUCAAACACAGACUUGUCCGUCAGAGCAAGACCCGUCUUGUUGGCCCCAACUGUCCAGGAGUGAUCAACCCAGGGGAGUGUAAAAUUGGAAUCAUGCCUGGACACAUCCACAAAAAAGGUCGUAUUGGGAUUGUGUCAAGGUCCGGCACUUUAACAUAUGAAGCUGUUCAUCAGACAACGCAAGUUGGCCUGGGCCAGUCUCUCUGUAUCGGUAUCGGCGGCGAUCCUUUCAACGGGACUAAUUUUAUCGACUGUCUAGAUGUCUUUCUGAAGGAUCCGAGGACGGAGGGCAUCAUCCUGAUCGGAGAAAUCGGAGGCAGUGCUGAAGAGGAUGCAGCUGAGUUUUUAGAACAGAAUAAUUCGGGACCCAACGCUAAACCAGUGGUGUCGUUCAUCGCUGGUCUGACUGCCCCACCGGGUCGCAGGAUGGGUCACGCCGGUGCUAUCAUUGCCGGGGGGCAGGGAGGAGCCAAAGAGAAGAUCUCUGCCCUGCAGCGCGCUGGCGUGGUGGUCAGCAUGUCACCCGCACAGCUUGGCAGCACCAUACACAAGGAGUUUGAAAAGAGGAAGAUGCUGUGAUCCUCCCGCAGGAAAGGCACCAAAAAAAAACGUCUGAAAGUCCCGUCACCGAGUCAGCCCUGCUCGUUCGUCUGUCUUACUAUUCACUUCUCUGAAUGAAAUGAGUGAAGAAAGCACAUCUAACAACUAAGCCAUAGACGUAUUGUGUUUUGUUCGGAUUUGUACAAUAGACAAAGGAACUCACAGAGAAAAUAAAUACAUUUAAAAUUGU